AGUCAUGUGACUCGUUUCCUGUCAAAGCAGUAAAUAUAGCAAGCGAGCUAGCACCACAGGCUAUAUUUGGCCACUGUCUGUAUGAGCGGAAUAGACAUGUUUUAUCCUUCUCCAUUUCAUUUAGGCAGUUAGUCCAGCGUCUGUUGGCCGUGUGCUGCGUUUCGGUGUGCUGCCUUUCAAUUAGCGAUGCCCCGACAGCUUCACUUUGUGUUGUAAGGGAGGCUCGUCCACCUAAUAAAAUCUGUGGUGACUUAGCUUUGCUAGCUAGCUUCACAGGUUAGUUUAACGCUAGCAGGCUGAGUUAGCAUCUUAAGGAGGUUUUGUUGCUUGUGACUAUGCAAGGGGAAACUACGACUAUACGAAUCACGGAAAACGAAGGCAAGCUGGAUGUAUUGCCCCAGAACAAGACCCCAAACCUGGGGAGAGCAAGUGCCAAAGGCUGGCAGUAUAGUGACCACAUGGAGAAUAUUGAUGGCUACUUGAUGAAAUACACCAACCUUGUAACAGGCUGGCAAUACAGGUUCUUUGUAUUAAACAAUGAGGCAGGCUUGCUGGAGUACUUUGUCAAUGAGCAGUCGCGGCCCCAGAAGCCCCGCGGUAUGCUCCCCCUGGCAGGGGCUGUGAUCUCCCCCAGCGACGAGGACUCUCAUACCUUCACUGUCAACGCCAUCAGCGGGGAGCAGUACAAGCUCCGGGCCACCGAUGCCAAAGAGAGACAGCACUGGGUGAGCCGACUGCAGAUCUGCACACAGCACCACACAGAGGCCAUGGGGAAGAGUAAUCCUCCACCCAAAUCCCGGAGCUACUCUAUGGCGUCUCAAGGCAGCGGCAGCUCACCCAUGUCCCUGCGCCGGCCCAGCCAAAACCCUGCCGCCUUACUCGGCUGGUCACAGGUCAACAAGGGCUCGUCCCUCUACUCCAGCAAAAGGUCCCUGCUGCCAGACCACCUGAUGGACGCCAGAGAGAUGAUGACCCAGGCCCAGGGCCAACACAGAGACCUGAUCCAGAGCAUCGAGGGCCUGCCUGCAGCCCCUGGCCUCUGCCCUCUAGACCAGGACCUGCUAAUGCUUAAGGCCACUUCCAUGGCCACCAUGAACUGCCUCAAUGAGUGCCUGCACAUCCUGCACCUGCAGCAGGUGGCCAGGCAGAGAGGCUCCCUGGGAGGACCCACCAUCGAGUGGCUGGAGCCCAAGCUGCCCGACGUUCUGAAGAACGGCAGCAGCUCGCUGGGCAGCUUCCCGACAGGGGAGAGCGCGCUGGAGGGGAGCAAUCUGGAGCUCAGCAGCCCCGAGUCCUGCAGCUUUUCUGGGGAACAGGAAGACAUUGAUGUAGAAGAUGAGGCGGAGGACUCGUUCACAGACAAGGAGGAGGACCUGGGUGCUGUGGAGGAGGAGCGCAGCAUCAUCCUACACCUGCUGUCCCAGCUGAAGCUGGGCAUGGACCUCACGCGGGUGGUCCUCCCCACUUUCAUCCUGGAGAAGCGCUCUCUGCUGGAGAUGUACGCUGAUUUCAUGUCCCACCCGGACCUCUUUGUGGCUAUCACCGACGGCAGCAGCCCCGAGGACCGCAUGGUCCGCUUUGUGGAGUACUACCUCACCUCCUUCCACGAGGGCCGCAAGGGGGCCAUUGCCAAGAAGCCCUACAACCCCAUCAUCGGCGAGACCUUCCACUGCUCCUGGAAGGUACCCAAGACACCAGAGGCCCCCAAGGAGCCCUCACAGGGAAACGCAGACCCGCCCGCCGCCCAGGAUCCCUACCAAGUGCGCUUUGUGGCGGAGCAGGUGUCUCACCACCCGCCUGUGUCUGGCUUCUAUGCUGAAUGUCAGGAGAGGCAAAUCUGUGUGAACACGCAUGUGUGGACCAAGAGCAAGUUCAUGGGAAUGUCUAUUGGCGUGUCCAUGAUAGGGGAAGGUUGUCUAUAUCUGCUGGAGCACGAUGAAGAGUACACUUUCACUCUGCCUUGUGCGUAUGCCCGCUCCAUCCUCACUGUUCCCUGGGUGGAACUGGGCGGCAAAAUCAACAUCAACUGCGCUAAAUCGGGCUACUCGGCCGUCCUCACUUUCCAGACUAAACCAUUUUACGGUGGCAAAUUACACAAGAUAACGGGAGAGGUGAAGCACAAUGCCACCAACGCGGUGGUGUGUCGUGUGCAGGGUGAGUGGAACGGCGUUCUGGAGUUCAGCUACACCAGCGGAGAGACGAGGGUGGUGGACGUCACCAAGCUUCCAGUCACCAAGAAAAGCGUUCGUCCGAUUGAGAAGCAGGGACCGACUGAAUCCAGGCGCCUUUGGCAGCAUGUGACCGAGUCCUUACGGCAGAAGGACAUCGAAAAAGCCACGGAGCACAAGAGGUUUCUGGAGGAGCGGCAGAGGACAGAGGAGAGGCACCGGGCUGAGAGUGAAACCGCUUGGAGGACCAGAUACUUUGACCGAGAGGGUGAAGGCUGGGUCUAUCACAAACCACUUUGGAAAAACUCUGCAUUCAAAACCUAGUUUCUUCAGGCUGUACCUCUGAUGUUGGUAUUAUAGAUUUGUGAGUGUGUGUGUGUGUCUGUGUGAGCACACACACGUGGUUAUGAAAUGAUGGCGUGACCUGCACUGACGUACAGAUAAAUUGCAGCGUUGGGGAGAAGGACUUGGACAGCAUCUCGACUCUCGCUCAUGAUUUUCACGAAGCCUCGACGUACAAGCUUUUGUACUACUGAUCAGUUUUUUUAUAAUCCAAUGUCAAUGAAAACACUCUUGUACAGGUAAUGGUACUCUAUUUACACAGCCUUAAGAUGGUCUGAAUGUUGGGAUCUGCUAAUUAACCUGCACAUGGUUCUUUUUCUUUUUUUGUUAUCAUACUAAGGUCAAGUGACUUUUGAGCGGUUUCUUCCUAAAAUAAGAUAUCAAACAAACUUUAAAUAAUUGGAACACUGCCUGUAAAUGUGAAAAUGUUGUAAAUCGGAUUUAGUGUCCUGGAAUGUAAAGUUGCCGUAUAUGAUGUUAAAGCGCUUGAAAGCGUUCCUUCAUAUCAGUGUUUCUCUAUACCAUUAAACAUUCAUGAAUAAAUAAGCAACAAUCAAAGUAAAAUAAACAUUUUUAGGUACUACUUUGCUAAUCUGCUUUGUCAGGACUGUUGAACUGACUGGAAUUAAACAACCCACUGACUUCAAUGUCGCUCCCUCCUAAUUCACACUUACCUGUUCUAAAUAACUCACACCAACUUCAAACCUGUGAGGAGAGCACAAAGAAAAGAGGGAUAACUGCAAUCCUAAAAGUAACUUUGGCAGAUUAUUUUUUUGAUGUAGGAAUAAUUCCUCACAUUAAGAAAAUAGAUUUUCAGGGCCUUUUGAACCCAAAAUGAGUUGGACAUAAUCAAAGUUGAAGCCAAUAUUAACUGUUUUUGAGUACAUUCACAUGCACACAAUUAUCCCUGUUUCCAGUCUUUAUGCUAAGCUACACUACCUGUCUACAUGCUGUAGCUUCAUACGGAUGCAAACUAACUCUCAGCAAUAAAGUGAAUAAGUGCAAUACCAAAAUGUCAAAGCAAUUUAGAAAUGCUUUAUCAUAAAGUUGGUAGACGUGCUGAAGACUCCUCUGAAACCACACACGGUUAGUGCAUAGCACAGGCUCUCGCUCUCCAAAUGGAGAGCACCCUGAUGACCUCACUGUGACAUCAUCAGGGUUGUUGUUACAGACUAAGCAAAGCUCCUCCAGAGCCACAGGGGACAUUACUGGAAUUAGGUACUCCCUGUGAAAAGUGAACUCACCGGUGUGUAAAAUUGGGGGAAUGGCCCUUUUAAACUACAAUAGGUAACCAUAUAAAAAAAUACUUUUUGCUAAAACUGACAGUACUAAAAAUCCCCAAAUCCUGUUCCUCUGCCUCCUCCUGGUGCUCCUAUUGGCAUAAGAAAACCAAUCAGAGCUGAGGAGUUUCUAACAGCGUUGGUUGUUUAACCUUCAGAAACUUCCCCUAAUAUUCUGUCUGAUGUGCUGUUGUCAGUAUAUUCUGACUGUUUUGGCAAAUAUGACGGUUGUAUUUUACAAAAGUUACCUACUGAACUUGGAACCACGUUCCGCUUACCGUGAUUAUGGCUCAGUGUGUUUUUGUUUUUGUUUCUGUAAUUUCGAUAUAUCAGGUAAAUUGUGU